CGUACUUUCCGUUUCUGCUGGUGGUAAUCUUCAGUAAACUUAUCUAAUCGUACGCAAUUGUUGACCUUCGCUCGGUGCUAAGUUGAGGAAUGUGACAUUCAAAACAGUUAACAAUUUACGACAAGCAUGUCCAAAAUGCUUCGCUACUAUUACGAUCUACUGUCACAGCCCAGUAGGGCACUGUAUAUAUUUCUGGAGAAAACCAAGAUCCCUUACGAAAGAUGUCUUGUGAAUCUGGGUAAAGCCGAACACCUGACGGAUGAGUUCAAAGCGAUCAAUCGCUUUCAGAAGGUACCGUGCAUCGUGGACAAAGAUUUGCAUUUGGCGGAGAGUGUAGCAAUCAUACGGUACCUGGCUAGGGAAUAUAAAUUCCCGGACCAUUGGUAUCCGGCCGACAGUCGCAAACGAGCUCGAGUCGAUGAGUACCUCGAGUGGCAGCAUCAUAACACUCGUGCCACCGGAGCUACAUAUUUCCAAUACCUAUGGCUUCGACCUAAAUUGAUGGGUAGCAAGGUUGAUCCGAAACGAGCCGAACAGUUCAAGACACAGUUGGAAACCUGUCUGGACUUCAUCGAGCAGGAGUAUCUGGGAACAGGGAGCAAGUUCCUGGUUGGUGAUGAGAUAUCCGUUGCCGAUUUGUUGGCCGCUUGUGAAAUUGAACAACCGAAAAUGGCCGGUUUUGAUCCGUGUGCUGGAAGGCCGAACCUGACUGCUUGGAUGGAUCGAGUGAGGAAGGCCACGAAUCCUUAUUAUGACGAAGCGCACAAACUGGUUUACAAAAUUAUUCCAGAAGAUGUGCCGAAGCCCAAGCUUUGAGCCGGGCGUGAUUUUUAUUGAAUACUAACUUUUUUUUGUUUAUGUCAUGAUUGUAUCAAAACGAAUAAGAAUUUAUGAACGUUUAAGAAUUGGAAAAUAAAUU